GUUGCUAAGCGCUCAACCCUCCAAGCGCCACCUGUGUCGGGCCCGCGGAGCUGGUCGCAGGAGUCCCACUAGAGUUCCAGGCAAAAGUGUCAGAGGUCUGCCACAAAGAAAGCACCAGGGUAGGACCUACUGGACCUCUCGCCGCCCUGUGCACCUGCCGGGUCCAUACCAAGCUGGUGGUCCGGGUCCCCGUCCAGCUCGCCAUGGAAGCCGCUAGCCUACCGGCGGCCGUCUCCAGCGUCACGCUUCCCUCAGGCCCCGGGACCUGCAGCAGCAGCCCCAGCCCAAACGGAGCGGGCAGCUCGACCCCAGGUGGCGCGGUGCUUGCCAGCCGCGAGCCACCGCUCUCCGCGUUCGCUGUGCUGGUGGUGACGCUGCUGGUGCUGCUGAUCGUGGCCACUUUGCUGUGGAACCUGCUGGUGCUGGUCACCAUCCUGCGCGUCCGCUCCUUCCACCGCGUGCCGCACAACUUGGUGGCCUCGACGGCCGUGUCGGACGUGCUGGUGGCAGCCGUGGUGAUGCCGCUGAGCCUGGUGAGUGAGCUAACGGACGGGCGCCGGUGGCGAUUGGGCCGGAACCUGUGCCACACGUGGAUCUCCUUCGACGUGCUGUGCUGCACCGCCAGCAUCUGGAACGUGACGGCCAUCGCCCUGGACCGCUACUGGACCAUCACGCGACACCUGCAGUACACGCUGCGGGCCCGCCGUCGGGCCUCGGCGCUCAUGAUCGCACUCACCUGGGCGCUGUCCGCGCUCAUCUCGCUGGCGCCGCUGCUCUUCGGCUGGGGCGAGGCGUACGACGCUCGGCUCCAGCGCUGCCAGGUGAGCCAGGAACCCUCCUACGCCGUCUUCUCUACCUGCGGCGCCUUCUAUUUGCCUCUCGGCGUGGUGUUAUUUGUGUACUGGAAGAUCUACAAGGCGGCAAAGUUGCGCUUCAGCCGCCGCCUUCGCCGUGGAACGGUGCUGCCGCUGCCGGCCACCACACAGGUGAAGGGAGUGCCCCGGGAGGCCGAGGAGGUGUCAGCAUCCCGGCACUGCCAAGCCAGGGCCUCGUGGCGGGAGCAGAAGGAGCAGCGGGCAGCGGUGAUGGUGGGGAUUCUGAUUGGCGUGUUUGUGCUGUGCUGGACUCCCUUCUUUGUGGCGGAGCUCAUCAGUCCCUUCUGUGCCUGCAGCCUCCCGCCCACCUGGAAAAGCGUGUUUCUGUGGCUCGGCUACUCCAACUCUUUCUUCAACCCUCUGAUUUACACGGCUUUUAACAAGAACUACAACGAUGCCUUCAAGAACUUCUUUACCAAGCAGGAGUAAACGCAGGGGCUGGAGAGACAAACUGGAUGGGUGGGGGUAUGGUUAGGAGGAGGCAGGGAACUUGAAUGUCUAUUGUUCCUUAGCGUCCCUCCAUUGCUGUCAAAAGAUGUUUUGAAGCCAGGCCAUUGGGCCUGAACUUGGACAGCAGUGGUGUCCUGACUCUCGAGAAAGACAGCAACUGUGCGGGUGGCUUGCAAACAACUCUUUUCCCCAUAUUCAUGCAGACACUGUGAAACGUUCACG